UGCAGCUAAGAAAUCGUACGCACGGCAAUUUUAUUGUGUGAGAGCCACAUAAGUAGUGGCAUUUGUAAUUUGCAGUGAAUUUAAAUAAAAUAACGGAGAAAUAUUACUCAAGAUGCCGGACGCAGUACAGCAGAGCUUUGUGCGCUCCUUUAUCGAUUACUUAAAGAAGCAGAUCGAUGCCCAGACCAUGACUCCGGAUGCCGUAGAAAGUGUGGAAGUUGCAAUACAGUGUCUGCAAGCAGCUUUUAAUGUGGGUGAUGAUCCAGAAGAAACUAUCACCGCAACAGCACAGUCGUCUACGGCAGCCACGCCUGCAGAUGGAUCAACUGCAUCUGGCAGCAGUGGCGCCGGCGCAGCCCCAGCUGUAAAUACCAAGAACAUUGACAUGUUCGAGCUCUUCCAAUCGUUGUAUAUUGAACGCAAUCCGGACGGACAGUUUAGUACAUUGGCUGAGUCGAUGAAGAACGAGGGAAAUCGGCUCAUGAAAGAUGGCAAAUAUAAUGAAGCAUUGCUGCAAUACAACCGAGCCAUUACAUUCGACCCAAAAAAUCCUAUUUUCUAUUGCAACCGUGCCGCCGCUCAUAUAAGAUUGGGCGACAAUGAACGUGCUGUUACCGACUGCAAGUCGGCCCUGCUGUAUAACACAAACUAUAGCAAGGCGUAUUGCCGCCUCGGUGUUGCCUACUCAAAUUUGGGAAAAUACAACGAGGCCGAGCAGGCUUAUGCUAAGGCCAUUGAGCUUGAGCCGGAUAACCAGGACUACCGCAAUAAUCUGGAGGUGGCACGCAAUGGCCGCAACCAACAGCCACAGUUGUCGCAUCUAACCGACGGCCUCAACGCUAUGCUUGCCAACCCGACGGUUCGCAAUUUGUUCAGCAGCGCUGAAAUCGACUUGGAGCAGUUGCAGUCAAUGACGCAGAAUCCGAUGGUCAUGAACACAAUUGGCCAGCUGUUUGCCAAUAUGGGCGGUACUAGUGGUGGUGGCGCUGGCGGUAUGCCUGCUCAGGCGCCAGCCAUGCCACACGACAUGCUGCAGCUCUUCCAGAGUUUUGCCACACAGUUGGUGGGCGCUCAACAGCCAGGAGGUGGCAAUCAAGGUGGGGGCGGUGGCGCCGCUGGACAAGGCAGUGGUGGCGGCAAUCAAACACCCCCGAGCAUCUAGGUGAUUAGAGACCUAUAUGGCACACACAAUUGUGCUUGUAGUUGUUGGCUUGAUUGAUAGAAACCGGAGCAUGUUUCGUUUUAAGCCGCUUUCAUUAUAAAUAGUAUGUUUAAAGUUUAAAAAGAAUACUAUUAUAUUUUUAAUAAUGUCAAUAAAAAUAUUUACACACCUACUUCCAAA